AUGCCCUCUAUGCUCAACCUUGUCCCGGCGACCGCGAUCGCUGUGGGCGCGAUAGCCCUCCCUGCGGCUGCGACGACGACGACGACUGCGGCUCCUGUUCCUGUCAACCUCAGGCUGAACAUCAUCACGGCGGUGCUGAUUCUAGGUGUGUCACUUGUGUUGACGCUGGUGUACACCCUGUGGAAGCUUCUCCCGAGGAUCCGCAGUGGCGAGCUCUCCUUCUCGAAGUUCGAGUUCGACUGGCGUGCGGAGCUGCUGAACCAGACGCCGAAGAAGGAGAAGGCGCGCCGCGCGACGGAGAAGGCUCGCCGUGAGGAGGAGAUGGCGUCCGGGUGCAACCGCGACAACGACGAGGGACGCGUGCAGUACGCCCACACGCAGCCGCGGGUGGAGGUGGGCGAGGGCGACGCCGCGGCUGCCAGAUCGCAGCGCAAGGGACAGAGGCACGUCGAGGCCGAUGUGAGCGUUGCGGUGACGGUGCCCCGCGAGUAG